CACCGAACGCUAUACAAGUGAUCCCAUACGAUUGAAGAAAUGUGUGAAGUGCGAUGGAAUUUAUUCAUUUUCCUCAGUCCGAUAAUGUAUUUAACGCUGCAAGGUCAAACAAUACCCAAGGAUAUACAAAAAUGUCAUUUUGGCAAUACAAAGUGCACCGUCGACUCAAUGAAUGCUGUAAUACGUAAUUAUCCUAAAGGACUGCCUGAAAUCGGUAUGAAACCCAUCGAUAUUGUGGAUGCUGGGUUCUCGCAAGUCUGGAAAAAUGAACAAAUCGGAGGCACUUGGUUUAAUUUCAAGCUGUAUGAUCUAAUCGCUUAUGGCUAUGAGAAUACAACGAUAACCAAAGUUGAAGGUUUUGGCAAAAAUCCAACAGCUACACGAAUGGAGAUUCAUGGCCAGAUACCCAGCCUAGUACACAAGGGGAAAUAUAUUUCCUAUGGACGUGCCUGGUUUAUUCAAUUAAAUGGAACGGGUCCAUCGUUUUCGGAUUUUCAAAAUUUUCGUUUCACUCUCAAAUUGAAGGUCAUACAGGAAUAUCGUAAUAAUAAGCGCUAUCUAAAUAUUUAUGAACUAGUGCCAAUCAUCCACAUGGAUCGUUGGAAUAUUUGGCUCGAUGAAUUUUCGCCCGAGAAUAUAGACUUAACUAUUGCGGUGAAUAAAGUCUUUAAUGAUAACUGGCUGGAAUUUUGGAAUGAGUUGGAGCCGACCGUUUUGCCAACAUUAGCCAAUACUUUCACCGAUUUGAUUAAUAAUAUAUUUGAAAAAGUUUCUUAUGAUGAUAUGUUCAUAACAUGAGGAUUAGACUGCAUGGUGGUAGCUAGAGGUGUGUGCGUGACAAAAUAUGGCUAUCACAAUCACGCACAUUAACAUAUCAAUAAAGUUAAGCUUUUUCAAAUAUCAAAAUUUGAUCGAAUUUAUGAAUUCUUUCUUUACAUAUUACAUAUUGAAAAUCUAUUAUAAUGUGUGAAACAUUAAAAUGUACAAAUCUUUUUGGAGCUUUCUAUGUUUAUCAAA